AUGUUUCCCCCUUCCUGUGAAGCAGCACUAUGCGCAAGAAUCGCGAGGUCUAUAAACUUUUGUGGAGGGGUUCUCCAUAACAGCGGUGUGGAACUUAUUGACUGCCCGAGUGAAAUGGUAGCACGAUGGCCUUUCCUACAAACGGAGGACGUAUCGCUAGCUUUGGUGUCGCCUGAAGACGUAGCCCUGGACCCGGUAGCACUCUGUCAAGAGCUAGCUCGGCAAGCGCAAGCAGCAGGUGCUCAAAUCUUUGAAAACUGCGCCGUAGAGGAAGUUCUCCUCGGAGAUGAACGUCAGGUAUACGCUGUCAAUACUGGAAAUGGAGUUGUUGAAACCCCGAUAUUUGUCGAUGCUAGCGGAAUUUGGACUGGAACCACUCUGGUUAAGACGCUACCGUAUCGCCACGUUCGAACGGCUGCAUACCCUUGCACUUAUAUUUUGGACAAAAUUGAAGAAUUGAAUGGCACGUAUGAGAUUGCUGCUCCUACGGUAUGGAAAUAG